UCUUGCCAGACAGACGCACAUCCAGUGACGCACAUGAACCUAGAGCUGUUCUCAGCCCUUUGAUGGCAAGGAAGUGAUGGACAUCAGGAUCAAUAUCAAGAGCGCGACAGCAGUCUCCUGGGUCGAGACUCCGGAUUGAGAACCCACGGCCUUCGAACACACGUCCUCCCAACCCUCAAUCUCUCACCAUCAUUACCUUUGAACCGCCAAGAUGCAGGGAUUCAACAUGGGUCGUUACGUCCCGCCGGACCUUGAGGGUGUGGUCUCGGCAAACAGGGCGUCAGGAAAGGGACACGCACUGGGUUCAAGAGCGUCGAAACUUGCGACCGAGGGGAUCCUGAUCGUUAGAUUCGAGUGUCCAUUUGCCAUCUGGUGCACCAACUGUCACCCGGAACAGAUCAUCGGGCAAGGUGUGAGGUUCAAUGCGGAAAAGAGGAAAGUAGGGAAUUACCUUUCAACGCCCAUCUGGUCUUUCAGAUUCAAGCACACUGUUUGCGGUGGGUGGAUCGAGGUCCGGACUGACCCGAAGAAUGCCGAAUACCUUGUCAUUGAGGGUGGACGGAGAAGGGACUACGGGGCCGAACGAGAUUGGGAAGACGACCAAGAUGGCGGAGAGGCCGAGGUGCGGUUCGGCAGCAGACCAGGCGCGUCGGAGGAAGAGAAGCAGAGAAUGGAGCGUGAUGGCGGGUUCGGGGUCAUGGAGAAUAAGGUCAAGGACAAGACAGUGGCCGAUGGCCGAAAGAGACGGAUUGAGGAAUUGAUGGUGGCGAGUGACAAGAACUGGGCCGACCCCUAUGCGAUGAGCAAGAAGUUGAGGGCUGAUUUUCGGAUCGGCAGACGGCAACGACAGCAAGACCAGCGCACUGGCGACGCCCUGCAGGACAAGUUUGGCCUCGAGGUCGAAAUGCUCGCCGAGCUGCCCGAGGACCACGAGCGCGUCAAGUAUAUCGAUUUCGGCCAGAAAGACGAGUCGUCCAGCUCGACCAGGCCUAUGUUCGUCCCAGUGCGGGAGUCGCUACCCUCGCGUGCAAAGAAGGCCUCGAAACAUGACCACAAAGAUCACCUCCAGACCACGCUGAGGACUAAUACGCGAAUAGCAACCGACCCUUUUCUGCGAGAAGGCAUCCCUUGGAAGCCUAGAGUAAAGCGGAAGCGGGAAGAGCCAGAAGCAGACUUGUCAGAAGCGUUACGGGAAAACGAUCACGAACAUAAGCGUCAAGCAGGAAACCAGGACAAACGUAAUACUCUUUCGCUAGUUGGUUACGAUUCGGAUUCAUCAUGAUACCCCGGACUGUUUCGUCCAUGUUUAUAUCUGGUUCAUAGUCAUACACACGUUAUAUAACAGA